GUCCUGCAUUAAGCUCACACGUCUGAAACAGCUAAAGAUUUCCGUGAUGGCUUCUGCCAGCCUUUCCUUCAUCUAUGGCUUUCUAGCUGGAUUCUUCAUUACAUGGGGUUUGGGAGAGUCGCCAGCAGUAACAAUCACAGCCUUUCCUGGCAGCGUUGUUAACAAAGGCCAAAAUUUAACUCUCCGAUGUGAAGCUGUAGAAGAAAUUGAGAAAUUCUGUUUUCUAAUUGAGCAAAGACAACCAUUCCAUUGUGAGGUUAUUAAAGGGAAAGUGGCAACAGUUACUAUCAAUAAUACACAACGGUCUGAUAGUGGAUCAUAUUAUUGCUCUACUCAGGAUAUUGACAAUAAAUUUGUUACCAGCACUAUUCUCCCAAUAUGGAUAAUAGAUCUGCAAAAGCCAAUACUGGAUAAGGAGAGAGAUCCUGAGGAUAACACAAAAAUCAGAUUUCGUUGUACUGCUCCACCAUCCGACUAUCGAAUUGUUUUUUUUUUUCUAUUCCAAAAAACUGCUAGAUUCAAAGAUAGAAAUUCUAACAUGAACUCACUAACAACCUUUUUCUCAGUAUCUGCCAAUGGUGGUUCUACAUUCAAAUGCUCUUAUCAAGUAGAAAUCACAACCAAAACCGUGAAUUAUGUGGAAUCUCCACAGAGUGAUCCUGUGCUCAUAGAAGAUGGAAGGGUUGAUGAGGAUGUGGUUACUCAGAUUACUGAUACAGGUGAGAUUAUUCUUAUAUUUAUUUAG